AUGGCCUGGUCCCAGGAUCCUUUCAAAUCCUACGAUUUCACGACCAGCCGGGUGAGCGAUGAGUUUCGGCAGUCUGUGGCCGGCAUCGAGCGUGACAACAAAGACAAGGUGGUUCUGUACCGCGCGAUGUCUCUUUACACCUACAUCAUGACCUGGUUCAUGCACGGCAUCAUGACACAGCAGCGUCUGAGCUGGCCGUUUUCAGGGCCUGGGGGUGAAUCCCGGGAGUUGCCGCUUGCGCUGGGCGUCUUCGGGCCCGGGGAAGACUUUCCCAAGUUCCCCCUGGUAGAUGCAUCUGUGUGCACCUACACGAGACUCGCAGUGAAGGUCCGUGACAAAGAUCCCGAGAAUGCGGCAAGACUGGGCGUGGGUACUGUUGGAUAUGUUGACGAUGCCACUGGAUACAGGUAUAAUGUCAGUUACAAGACCGAGUGGAAGGGCUACUACGGCUGCCAGGAUUUGCUCGACGAAGAACUGGUCGAGAUGAAUGAGCACGUUGCACCACUGAUGUCCGAAGAGGCCUUGAAGAAAGGCCAUGUUUCUACUGCUGCAGACUUCCUCAGGUACUUGGAUGACGAGGUGGGAGAAUGGAGAGAUUCUUCUUGGGGCUCCAACGGCAAGCUGCCAGUGACGGUGGGACUGCAAGCCAGGCUCUUCCAGGUGAGCAUGAACUUGCUGAGCAAAGCCUCGGCUGACCCGAAAGCGGAUGAAGGUUCUUCGCCCUGGGAGACAUUUCUUGAACAGGGUUUUUUUACAAGCUACGACCUGGUGCAUCCAUUGGAGUCUUCGGUGCGCAACUACGGCAGCAGCUGGAAUCGCCCGGACAAGCUUUUGCUGGAGUCGAUUAUCCCCGCAGCUGCACGUGCGAAUGUGGAAGCGUUACUGGCUUUGCUGACCUGUGUCGCAGAGCAUGCCUUUCAGCUUCGCGACCGAAAGUUGAUUGACUUCUGCUGGCACCUUGGUGAAGGGCAGUUGCAGUUGGGUCCAGAUGCGAGCCCGAGCGUGGAUUAUGAUGAGAUUGCGAGUGUGCAGACGAAGGAGGCCAUUCGCAAGUUGAAAGAUGCCGAAGCUCCUGCAAAACCCGACUUCGGGGCCACUCGGGUGCUGUUGCAACUGAUCCUUCCAGAAACCGAUGCCAACGAGCUGGCGUAUGUAAGCACCGAUCGGCGCGAUUCAUCAGGGCCGCCGCCUGGCCACGUACCCCAGAGGUGGCGCGGCCAAAGCUUCACCGACGCCUACAAUGCCCUGAAGAACACCGAGGAUGGAGACAAGGUCACAGCUCGAGUGCUUCUGCGUCUGAAGCCCUUUGCUCUUGGCGAUGGCAUCCGUUUCGUCGCACACGCCCCGUCCUUUCGAGAUAACGAUGCCUGGCUGUUGAUGCAACACAUCUUGAACGAUGCGCUUGCCUACACGUUCAGCUGGCCUAUCGAAGUCCAUGCACAGCGCCGGGAAUCCUGGUCACUGCGUGCGAAGUGCGUGAUUGCGAGCCUGCUGCUGCUUCCAUGUCUUCUCUGCUGUGUCUUCCUGAUCCACCGGCGAAAUCGCAUCCAAGCACACGCUUUCACCUGA